AUUUUUUGGACGCUGACCAGUCUUCCAGCACCGCAAGCUCCAGAUAGCUCACCUGCAACCGGCAACCCGUUGUGAUAUAGUGUCUAGUGUUUCUGUGACCCAGGAUACCGCAUCCGCCAGUUGUCAAAAUGAAAAUCACACUAUGGGAGCUGCCGAACGAGGAAGACAUUAUAGCGAUGCGGAAAGAUCUGGGAAUGUCCGAGGCCUCUCUUAGACAAGACGUUCAAAUACUCAAACACUGGCUGCGACAGCAACCUCACCUACCAGUUGACAUCGACGGAACCAGAUUGGAGCGUCUUUUAUUCUACUGUAAAAAUAGUUUGGAAAGAUCGAAGCAAAAAUUGGAGCAGUACUUUUCCUUAAAAUCCGCGGCCCCGGAAGUCUUUCUCAACCGAGAUGCCACCGAUCCACUUCUCUACGAGCAAAAUAAAAUUGUGUUCAACAACCCGCUACCCCGCCUCACGGAGGACAACAACAGGGUGUGCCUCUUGAAGGUGGUCGACCCGUCGCGGCUCAAGGAGCUGGACGUGGAGGCCUGGAUGAAGCGGACGUUCAUGUGCUACGAUCUCCGCAUGACCUACGAACACUCCGCCAAUGACCUCUACCUCGACGAUCUCGAGAACUGCGACGCUUCCUUCCUCAAAUACGUCACCCCCACACUACUCUCGAAAAUUGUCUCCUAUGGAAACAUGGCUUACCCGUAUAGAAUCAAACAAGUUGUCAUCUAUAAGCCACCAAAAGUACUCGAAGCGUUCAUAAACAUCUGUAAAACUCUGGUCAACAAAAAAUUAGCAUCGAGGGUGGUCACCGUUUCGAACAAUGAGGAGCUACACAAGUACAUCUCAAAAUCCUGCCUUCCCAAAGAGUACGGAGGAGACGAAGAGAGGUCAUUAGAUGAGAUUCGAGAUGCUAUUGACAAGGAGCUAAUGAAAAAUAAAGCCUGGUUUGAUGCGGAGGAGAAGAAUAAGUCAGACGAAUCCAAACGCAUUGGAAACAGCUCCAGCACCGUCGCUGAAAUGACAGGCUCAUUCCGGAAAAUCGCAUUUGACUGAGAAAACAACCUAGGCCCUUCCUGUUAAUCAUAGUUUGAAGUUCCUCAAGAUGACGAAUUCCGUCAUAAGCCAAUUUAAAUAAGAGUGAAAUGACGAUCGUAAAAUUAAAAUCAAGAUGAUAAGAUUAACAAGAUAUUUUUCUAUUUCUAGAUGAGAUCACCAGGAAAUAUUGGUGGUUUUAUAAAUAAUUAUAAAAUCGCCUGGAUAUGAAUAAAUUCUAAAAGAAUAUAAAAUAAAAAUCCAAAAAUGUGGCACCGGAUUUUCUUAACCAUGCUUGCUUUUAAAGGUUUCAUUUUCGGCGGCAGUGUUCAAAUGACUAUCUAGAAAAUUAAACUGAAAAUGUCACAAAAAUCAAUCGGGAAGUAAAAGACUAUGGCAGCUUGACUUCCACAUAAAACUCAUGUCUCAUGAAGCUUUAUAACCUCUCGCGAGGUAAUAACAUGAUUUUUUUUUAAAAUAACUGAGUUACCUUAAUUUAUUGUAAGAUAUUUAUUAUUUGCAAAUAUUUUCUGAAAUAAAUAACUGCACAUUCGA